GCCCAUGUCUCUUCGCCCAUCAAACAAUCCCCCAUAAAGCUAUUUGCAGCAGCUUUAUGCCGAAUCAGCUCUGACGCAAACUGAACCCAAGCGCAGCUGCGAUGCCAUCCUUCCUCCCACAAUUCGAUCCCGCAGACGUUGCCCAAUCGAUCUCAACGCCAUCGAUCGCAUCUCUGGCUCUGACACCCCGCACCUCUGUCUUCUAACGCUCUGGAGGCGCCGGCGAUGAGCUGCUUCGAGCUUCUUUUGAAUUCUUGGGUGGUGUCUGCGCUGUGGAGAGUGGGCGUUUUCUGAUUUUUCAUCGAGUUGCUACGUUUUUGUGCUUAGUGUUUGUGUUGAUUUGGUGAUGUCUAUUUGGAUUUCUGUGUUUGUUCAAGUUGAGGUUUAGUGCUAUUUGUACAGAGCUUCGUUUUGUCCAGUGUCAUUGUAUACUAAAGUAGGGCAUUGUUGGCGGAUGUGAACCUUCCUCUGCGCACACGUAUAAGCGCUCGGUGUUGUGAGUGCGAUCGUACAUUUUCCGAGUUGCUCGCGAAUGCAAUACUCUCUGUAGUUUGAACUAGGUCCCAUCUUCGUGUUUUCCGCAAUGGCGAGCAGUAUGGCUGCGUCUAUGGCACCUGCCCUCUCUUUCUCCCCUCGUCUGAGCUGCAACGGUUGUGACCAGUCUACCUUUCCUUGCGUCUCUCCGACAUUUCGCCGCAACUCGAGACUCCGCAAACUCAUCCACAAUGUGCAGCAUCGCAGUCGCUCAAACGCAAGGACUACAAAAUUGGAACGGAAGCUGCGGGUUGUAGCAGAAGCGGCUCCCACUGAUUCACACGGUGUGCAAACAAAGACAGCUGAAGUGAUUAGUUCUGUGUUUUCAGGAGCUGUUGCUAAUGGCCAAGCUCUGCCAACUGCUCCACCAAGUGAGAAAUCCGAGAAUGGGAACAAAGUUCCGGAGAACCUUGAGUCUCCUGACGGUUACCAUGGAUGGAACGAGCCUAACACGAGUCCCUUCUUGAGUAUAAUUGUGCUUGGCGCUACUGGAGACCUCGCCAGGAACAAAAUCUUUCCAGCUUUGUUUGCUCUUUACUACAGCGGAAAUUUGUACAAGAAAAUCGCCAUUUUCGGAUACUCGAGAAGUGAACUUACGGACGAGGAGUUUCGAGAUAUGCUUAGUGAGAGCGCGACUUGUCGAGUUGAUGAGGGUGAGAAAUGUGAGGAAGCCAUGGAGACAUUUCUGCAGAGUGUCUACUAUGAGUCAGGCGGCUAUUCAACUUGUGAUGGCAUGAAAAAAUUGGACAGCCGGCUAAAGAAACUAGAGGGUAUGGGUGAAGCUAAUCGCAUCUUCUACUUGUCGGUACCCCAUGAGGUAGUACCAGACGUCAGCAAGUGCCUGAGCAGAGAUGCAGAAAGCAAAACUGGGUGGACACGGCUAAUUGUAGAGAAACCCUUUGGCGUAGACUCCGAGUCAUCAGCGAAGCUGGCUGACAGUCUCUUGCAACAUCUGGACGAAAGUCAAAUAUACAGGAUCGAUCAUCACCUGGGAAAGGAGCUCAUCGAAAAUCUCACUAUUUUGCGUUUCUCCAAUUUGGUUUUCGAACCGCUCUGGACUAGAACUUACAUCAAAAGUGUCCAAGUGCUACUGGCUGAAGACUGGGGCAUGGAAGGCAAAGGAGGGUAUUUCGAUCAGCAAGGAAUCAUCCGCGACAUUGUACAGAGCCACUUAAUGCAAACGAUAGCUCUCUUCGCUAUGGAGCCGCCCGUCAGCUUGGACGAUGAAGACAUCCGCAAUGAGAAGGUCAAGGUUCUACGAUCAAUGCGGAUGCCAUCGCUGCAAGAUUUCUGCUUAGGACAAUACAAAGCCAGCGUAUCCAAGGACGGAAAAUCGAGAAUUCGUAGUUACUUGGAAGAACCUGGAGUUAAUCCGAAUAGCCUCACUCCGACAUUUGUCGCCGGAGUCCUGUACAUUGACAAUGCUCGUUGGGACGGGGUUCCCUUCCUCAUCAAAGCCGGCUAUGGACUCAUCAAACACAAAGUGGAGAUCCGCAUCCAAUUCCAUCACGUCCCCGGAAACCUCUACCGUGAACAAAUUGGCAUGAACAUGGAUAUGGCCAGCAACGAGCUCAUCAUCGCUGUGCAGCCAGAAGAGGCAAUUUUCCUGAAGAUCAACAAUAAGGUGCCCGGGUUGGGCACGCAGCUGGACUCCUCCGAACUCAACCUCCUGUACAAAGAAAAGUACGAUGGCGAAGUGAUCCCAGACUCUUACGAGCGCUUGAUCCUGGACGUGAUCACGGGCGACAACCAUCUUUUUAUCCGCAGUGACGAGUUACAAGCCACAUGGGAUCUGCUUACACCGCUGCUGAAAGAGAUUGAGGAGCUGAAGGUGGCUCCGGAAAUGUAUACCUUCGGUGGUCGAGGUCCAGUCGGGGCCUACUACCUAGGAGCCAAGCACGGCGUUCGAUGGGCAGAUGAAUAAUGUAUAUCAUACUGAGCAUGAUAAUUUGUCGAUAUCACACAACCUUGUAAAACCUCAAUUUAAUUAACUGAGUUCCUAUACAGCGAUCAGAUGAGCA